UUUACACAACAUGGACCACGCCUUUGGAUUUUUCUAAUAUAUAAAGACAAACUAUUAGUAAUAAACUAUUGUGUAUCUGUGAUUUGCUCAGUCUACAAUCGAUUUACGAAAAAUAAAAUGGCAUUUAAACUCAUCUGCUUCUUUGCUUUCCUUGCUUCCACACAGGCAGUUGCCUUGAACCCUCACCAAGCCUAUUCAGAUGCACCGUCAGUAUCAUACUCCAGUGUAUCCACUCCACAAGGAUAUGGAGCACCAACUUAUACCAAAUUAGCAGCGUCUGAAUCUUACGCCUCUCCAGUUGUCACCAAAUAUUCCGCUCCAGUUUCAUACUCCGCUCCAUCUUACAACAGUCCAGUUUACAAAAAAGCCAUUGGAUCUGAAGAUUACUCAGCACCAGCUCACUACGAUUUCAGUUACGCUGUUGAAGAUCAUCAAACUGGUGAUAUCAAAAGUCAACAAGAAACUCGUGAAGGUGACGUAGUGAAAGGCAGUUACUCACUAGUUGAAGCUGAUGGUUCGAAAAGAAUCGUAGAAUACACUGCUGAUGCUCACAAUGGUUUCAACGCAGUUGUACACCGUGAACCUGCCGCAUACCAAGCAAAACCUUUAGGUGCAUACGCUCAACCCACUUACAAAGUAGCUGCCCCAGCUGCCUACGCUCAGCCUACUUACAAAGUAGCUGCUCCAGUUGCAUAUGCCCAACCUACAUAUAAAGUAGCUGCUCCAGUUGCCUAUGCUCCUCAAUUGAAACAGACUGCUUCUGCUUAUUACCAUUAA